GCUUAGUUAGCAUCGCACACGCGGCCGCGGCCCAAAGUUGAUUUUGUCGGUCAAAUACUCUGCCGGUCCAAAAAUAGCUCAGUCGUUGCGAUUGCUCAAACACGAAAAGAUCGACGGGGAAAACCCAUCGGAGCGCGGUGCUGCGGUCGAGUUUUUCCUUAUUAUUUCUGCAUAUCAUUGAAUUCGAAAUCCACACAAUUCAUUCGGGACAGUUCCUAGCCUAAGGUAGAGCAAGUCGGAACCGCAAUUCGAAUUUCGCGCAAUGAUUUAAUAAUCGUUCCGGAAAAAAAGUUUGACUCGACAACGGUCACGAGAAACGCGAAAAAAAAGCGAAUAAAUAUUAGUCAGCUGCAGCCCCGAACGAGUGGGCAGAGUGCAAAGGGCGAUUAAUUAUCCGAGCGGAAAAAGGGGCGAGAAAAAUGGGUAGUUUUCAGUCAUCGCAGCAUGGCCGCGAGGGACGAGAUGACGAUGGCGGAGGGGUGGAAACGGGUCAAGAACAUGAAACCGAUGGCGGUAGCAGCAGUCCGGAUAUGCUAGUCAGUGAAAGUUGUGCAACAAUAGGCCGUAAAUCAGAGAAACACGCGUUAAAUAACGGAACUCUAACUGAAAAUCAUGGGAAUAAAGUGGACUCCGGUCCUGAUGGAUCAGAGUCAAGUGAUGGGGCGGAAAGGCGCCGAGAGUUGGCCGAGUUCCGCGAGGAACUGGGUAGAAAACGUGAACUGCGAAAAUCGAAAAUGGCUGACAUCAAACAGGAGAUGGAUCAGCUUAGGAAGGGAUUGGCGGCGGAGAAAGCCAAGAACCGAGCUCUCAUAAAGUUCAUCCAACAGAACCAAGAGCAAACAAAGGGCUCAUCGGAAGACACAACAAACGGCGUCGCGGAAAUUGCCAUCAUUGAGAGCGAAGCGUGUUACAACGACACGGAGACUCGCUCAGAACAAAGCGAUGCUAGCCCUAACUGCACUACCACAACGCCCCAAGACGAUGAUGAUCUACGCCUCGGAUUAAAAUGUGACCUGGCUGAGUCACAGCUUCAGCUUCAGCAAGCAAACAGCCAGAUCCUGUCGCUUCAGUCCACCAUUGACCAGCUUCGAGCGCAGGUUCAAUCCCUUCAGACGCCCAGCGAAGAGGAGGAAGCCGCCCGAGCAGCACGGAACAAAGAAUUUCGCCAUCUGCAGGCCGAGCUUGCGGAUUCGCAGUUCCAUCUGCAGAUCGCGAACGCCGAAGUGCUCUCGCUCCAUAGCGACAUCAACCAGCAGAAGAAUCAAAUCAAAGGACUGAAAGACGUCAUCAAAGCCGGCAAAGAGAUCAUACAAAUCAGAGAGGACCAAGUUGAACAACUUAAGGCGAAGUUGCGCCAGAUCGAGGACUCACUGCACGAGCGGGAGCUGCAAAUUAUGUCCACCGAUCUACGCCGCGAGUACGAACGACAAAUGGCCAACAUCCGCAAUCUGCGCGAACUUUACGAGGAACGGGAACGUGUCUCCCGGAUGGAGCGUGACAAUCUGCUGCGCCAGCUGGAGCUGCGUAAAAACGACCUGGAAGCCGAACAGGAGAAGAACAAAAAUCUCGAAUCACAUGUCGCCAGCCUGCAAACAGACUUGGAAACGAUGAAAAACGAGCUUAUCCAAACACAGGAAAAGCUAAGCCAAUCCACACUGGAAUCCCAGCGACUGCAUGCCGAAAUGACCGUUGUAAAUCAAUUCAUUUCCAAGUUUCUCCUGGGGAUGAACCGCAAGCAGACGACCAACAGCGUCAAGCUGGACAAGCUGACCGAAGUGCUGGCCGAGAACCGCGGUCUGCUGAUAGACAUGACCAAAGAGGAAUCGGAAACCAUCGACCUGGGCGCAUUCUUGCCGCGGGCCCUCUACGACCUGGUGGCCGAGGUGGACCAAGAGCCGGUCGAAACCGACGAAAGCGAGUGCUCCGAGGAGGAUGAUGGGGCGUUCAACGAGGUACAGACCGCGUCGCCGGAGCAGAUUGCUGACAAGCUGCCAAAAGUGUGGCGAGUGUUGAUCGAGCUGGUGAAUCACCAGGAACGGGUGCAGCAGGUUCCAUUCGUGGAAAAUGGCGAAAGCGAGGAAUGCCUCAAGAGUGAGCCAACGAAGAAUGGGUCGAAAACAGUGGUUAGCGUCAGCAAGACGUAUCUCAAGUUGAAGGACCUAAUCUUGGAGAAAAAGGCCCUCAAGAAAGAAACAAAUCGUUUGAAGACCCUCAACACCCACCUGGAACGUCGUUUGGAAACGCAGGAAAAGCGCCUUAGUGCCGUGAGUCUGGAGUUGACUAAAACCUGGCACCUGGUUGGCAAAAUGCAGCGCCAACAUCGUCAACUGCACACCCAGGAGCAAAUUCUACGCUACCAUCUGCAACAGAAACGACGUCUUCUAAGUGAGCUAAAAGAGGAGUUGGAAUACUGUCGGCUGAAGUGGAGUGCCGCCCGGCAGAAGAACAUCGAAUCCGAAGACCAAUGGAAAACACUGAAGGCCGACUUUGCCGCCCGCAAGAAGCAAGAUUCGUUGAACAAUUCGGGCGAAAGUGGCUAUAGCGAUGAGCAACCGACCGACGAUGAAGACGAGGAUUAUCUCCGCGAGGAUAAGCCUUCGAAGAAACGCCUCAGCAGGAUGAUCAAUUUCGAACGGUACCGAAGCGCCUCGUUGACGAACGUUCUGCAGGUGGCACUGGAGAUGAGAAAGUGCCACAGUGAGUCCGAUAUGAAGUCGCUGCGGAAUGUUGAACGAGCUAAUCAGUUUUGUAAUGAGAAGAUUGAAGACUUACCGAUAUUUCCGGAGGAGGAGAUGACCUGCGCAGUGAAGAAGAAAGCAAAGAAGUCGAAGAAGAAAAAGGAAAAGCGAAGCGGACCGGAAACAGCAGAGGACAUGUUCAGAAGAUUGGCUGGGUUAGAGCAGAAUAGUAAUGAGGAGGAAGAUGAGGAUGAAGAAGAUGCGAGUGAAAUCAGUGAUGAUUCGGAGUGUUCGGAGAUUGAGAAAAUUGAGCAGCGAGAAGCUAGUCCAACGAAAGAACCCGAGUUGAGCAGUGAGGAAUUGUUCAAUAUGAAACGAGAAGCUCGGCUAAAGCGAAUGGCAGAGUUGAACUCAAGGCUGGACACCUACUCCAGUCCGAAUGCUGCGAAAGAUUCUGCGAGUGUUAGCGAAGUAGAUCAAGCCGAAGCCGGUCCGUCUAGAAUACUUACCAGUACUGAAGAAGAUUACCUUCAAAGGAGAGCUGCUCGACUGGAACGACUUGAAAGAGAAGCCAGGGAGUUUAGAAACAAGCUCUCUCGCACAGUGAACCGGGGUAGUGCUAUAUCAGCUCAAAUCGAUGAAAUUCACAAUGGAUUUAUAGCCAGACAAUCUGAAUCUCCCAUACCUGGAAGCUCUUCAGAGAACAGACCAGCAACACCAAAGUCAAACGAAAGCUCUCCAACAGAUUUAGCGAUUUUGAGUGACCGUGAAAGGGAAUACACUCAGAAUAGGUCCGAUCGUUUACAGUCAUUGGAAAACCAGAGUCAAGCCCUACUUCAACAAAUGAAUCGAACGUUGAAGAGAGGUUCUAGGCUCACAACACAAUUAGAUAUGCUUCACUCUCGAUAUAGUAGUACCGAUCAAAACGAAGUUGAUGCAGCAACCGACGCUCCUGCUAUCAAUCAAGAGAAUCCCUCUUCUAAUUCAGACCAGAAUACCGAGCAAAGCUUGUCCCCAGAGCCUGUCACGAACGACACGAUCCUGCUAGAAAAUUCUAUCAUCAUCCCCGCAAAUGGUCCUCUAGAACUAAUUCUAGUUUCGGAUGAAGAGAUUCUCGAAGAAGUAGAUGAACUUUUGCCCACCCCUAGUAACGCUACCUCCUCAACCCAGGAAAAUCGUCACGAUGGCAGCGAACACGAUGAACAACCGUGAAUAAAAAUCCAUUUUAAAAUUGUCAGCUUAGCCUUAAGAAAUGUUGUAACACUCACUUAUCCAGUUAAAAAGACACGUCCACCAGAAUGUCGUCAAACCUUUUAGAUAGAUCGUUUCAAUUAUUCACACUUCGUACCAAAUGUCGAAACUAUCACUGUGUUAAAAAAUGUAUUUUCAAAUGUAAUGAAUAAAUGCAUCAAAAUUGAAA